AUGAGGAUGCUUACUUGGAAUGUGAGGGGUUGUGGCAAUAAGGGCAAGCGAAAGGCGAUUAAGGAAUUGAUCUGUAAAGUUAAUCCAGACAUCAUUGUUCUUCAAGAGGUAAAAUGGGCCUUGGUGGACCGAAGUUUCAUAGGAAGUAUUUGGAGAUCGAGGUUUAAGGCGUGGAUUUAUCAGCAUCCGAUAGGUCGUUCAGGAGGCACCUUGGUUGUUUGGGAUACGAGGAGUGUUUCUGUAAUUGAUUCUUUAGUCGGGGAUUUUUCAAUUUCAAUUUGCGUGAAGGCUGAGGGGAAGGACCCCUGGUGGUUCUCAGGUGUUUACGGUCCUGUAGCCUAUGGUAAGAGAGACAGUUUUUGGGAUGAAUUGGCUAGGUUAAGUAUUAUUUGUGAGGAUAAAUGGUAUGUUGGGGGAGAUUUCAAUGUGGUCAGAAGAGUUGAGGAGAAAUUGAGUAGUACUACUAAUACUAGGAGCAUGAAGUUGUUCGACGCAUUGAUUAGAGAAUUAAGAUUGGUUGACCCAAAGCUUCAGAAUGGUCGCUAUACUUGGUCAAACUUUAGACAUAAGCCUAUCUGCUGUAGACUGGACAGGUUUUUUCAUUCUCCAUCGUGGUCAAAUUUUUAUCCCUUCAUUCGUCAGGAAGUCUGGGUUCGAGUAGUUUCUGAUCAUAGUCCGGUAGUGUUGGAUUCUAGCCCUCCUUCUUGGGGUCCUUCUCCAUUCAGAUUUGAUAAUUCUUGGUUGGAGCAUAAGGAUUUCUCUCGUAACUUCCAGGAGUGGUGGACUUCAACCAAGGUGCAAGGUUGGCCGGGCAUGAAUUUUAUGUCCAAGCUUGCUCAUACUCGCGAUUUUAUUAAGAAGUGGAGUCGUCAGGUCUUUGGGGAGAGGAAACUGCGAAAACUUUUCUUGGAAAGGAAACUGUUUGAGUUGGAUAGAUUGGAGGAAGGGGGCUCGUGGAAUGAGAAUCUUCUUUUGGAACGCUCGAAGGUGAAGGAGGAUUGGCAACAAAUACUUUUUGAGGAAGAAAGAAGUGUUUAG